AUGGCCUCUCUGUCCGGCCCUUUGGAUUUUCCGCUCAGCGCUGCCGAACUGCAGCAUGUUCUAUCUCAGCUUCCGUCUCAUCGAGCUCCAGGCCCGGAUGGAUUGCCAUAUGAGUUUUUUGCUGUCAAGGACGAUGUCCUUUCUUCGGCUCUUUUGACGUUUUUUGAAUUGGUGCGUCAUUGGGCAGUUGUCCCGUCGAUUUGGCGUUCAGCCCGUGUGAGCCCGCUGCACAAAGGCGGCCCUGCUGACGAUUUCAAUAAUUAUCGUCCCAUCAGCCUCCUUUGUUGCAGCCUCAAAAUCUUCGAGCGUUUGUUGCUGGCGCGGCUGCUUCCCAGGGUCGACCCGCAACUCGAUGAGUGUCAAGCCGGGUUUCGCUGGGGGGCCGAGGAGCAAAUCUACACCUUGGCCGAGACGCUCAGGCUGCGUGCCAGGAAGCGUACCUUCUGUGCUUUCGUGGAUGUACGCAAAGCUUUUGAUGUUGCAUGGAGGGAUGCGGUGUUAGUUAGGCUUGCGGAGACCGGCAUUAGUGGUUCGAUGUGGUCGGUAAUUGCAGACCUCCUUUGUGAAACCACAGCUCGAGUCCGUGUGAAUGGUCUGACUUCGCAGCCUUGGACAGAAACGGCCGGCGUGCGUCAAGGGAGCGUCUUAGGUCCGCUGCUUUUCAACAUCUUGUUCAAUGGUAUUGCCGAUGCUGUGCGUGCAGUAUGUCCGGGCGUUGCGUUGGGCCCUGGCCCAAGCGCCCCUCGCGUGACACUUCUUCUGUACGCUGAUGAUCUGGUAAUCUUGGCAGAUGAUGCAGCGACCUUGCAACGUGCCUUAGAUGCUAUCGGCAACUGGGGCGCACGGUGGCGUUUCUUUUUUGGGAUUGGUCCCGAAAAAACAGCUGUGAUGGUUGUUGGGUCCAGGCUCCUGAACUUCCACUUUUCCUUGCAGGGUUGUGCCGUCCCGUGCGUGCCACACUACACCUACCUGGGUGUUACAUUCGCAGCCUCUCGAAAAUGGCGUCAACAUGAGACUCGGCUGCCACUCCACGUCAAGUAUCGUCAACUUUCUUGA